AUGGCUCAGUAUUCAUCUGCAAUGGCUCAUGCUGUGUCGUUGAUUCGACCCAGAAGGAACUCUUCCAAACUCCACAGAAGAGAUGUUUAUCCAUUCGCCAACACUGCAGUCGAACAGAAGAAUGAUACACCUUCCUCCCCACCUUCCUCGGAUAUUACCCAUCAAACGUCGACUGGAAGACUUCGAUGCAAAGCCAAUUUGAUUGUUGAAAUUACUGUCGACCAAGCACUACAUGGACAGUGCUCAAUAACAAUGCUUGCCCAGGACAGUCAUCGUCCACAUAAACAUCUCUUGUCACUCAAUGUGUCCCCAAAGAUUCGAAGCUAUCUUCAUGAAGCUGCUUUAAACUUAGGAAUGACUGAAACACGUCUUCAAAGUUGGUUCAACACCUCACCUUUGAAAACCGACACUUAUACCGAAUGGGUUGCACCCUUGAGAAGAGAUCGACUGGAUAAGGAACCUCUAGCGGCUAUCCAGAUCAUUGCUGAUAGAAAGCCCCAGGAAUUGUUAUAG